AUGGGGGACGGCGUGUGGGGGACGGCGUGUGGGGGACGGCGUGUGGGGGACGGCGUUAUGGGGGACGGCGUUAUGGGGGACGGCGUGUGGGGGACGGCGUUAUGGGGGACGGCGUGUGGGGGACGGCGUUAUGGGGGACGGCGUGUGGGGGACGGCGUUAUGGGGGACGGCGUGUGGGGGACGGCGUGUGGGGGACGGCGUGUGGGGGACGGCGUGUGGGGGGCGGCGUGUGGGGGACGGCGUUAUGGGGGACGGCGUGUGGGGGGACGGCGUUAUGGGGACGGCGUUAUGGGGGACGGCGUGUGGGGGACGGCGUGUGGGGGACGGCGUUAUGGGGGACGGCGUGUGGGGGGACGGCGUUAUGGGGGACGGCGUGUGGGGGGACGGCGUUAUGGGGGAACGGCGUUAUGGGGGACGGCGUGUGGGGGACGGCGUUAUGGGGGACGGCGUGUGGGAGACGGCGUGUGGGGGAUGGCGUUAUGGGGGGACGGCGUUAUGGGGGACGGCGUUAUGGGGGACGGCGUGUGGGGGACGGCGUGUGGGGGACGGCGUUAUGGGGGACGGCGUGUGGGGGACGGCGUUAUGGGGGACGGCGUGUGGGGGGACGGCGUUAUGGGGCGGCGUUAUGGGGGGACGGCGUGUGGGGGACGGCGUUAUGGGGGACGGCGUGUAGGGAGACGGCGUGUGGGGGAUGGCGUUAUGGGGGACGGCGUUAUGGGGGACGGCGUUAUGGGGGGACGGCGUGUGGGGGACGGCGUUAUGGGGGACGGCGUGUGGGGGACGGCGUGUGGGGGACGGCGUUAUGGGGGACGGCGUGUGGGGGACGGCGUUAUGGGGGACGGCGUUAUGGGGGACGGCGUCUGGGGGGACGGCGUUAUGGGGGACGGCGUCAUGGGGGGACGGUGUGGGGGACGGCGUGUGGGGGACGGCGUGUGGGGGACGGCGUUUGGGGGGACGGUGUUAUGGGGGGACGGCGUUAUGGGGGACGGCGUGUGGGGGACGGGCGUGUGGGGGACGGCGUUAUGGGGGACGGCGUGUGGGGGGACGGCGUUAUGGGGGACGGCGUUAUGGGGACGGCGUUAUGGGGGGACGGCGUGUGGGGGACGGGCGUUAUGGGGGACGGCGUGUGGGGGACGGCGUGUGGGGGACGGCGUUAUGGGGGGACGGCGUUAUGGGGGACGGCGUGUGGCGGACGGCGUAUGGGGGGACGGCGUUAUGGGGGACGGCGUGUGGGGGGACGGCGUGUGGGGGGACGGCGUGUGGGGGGACGGCGUGUUGGGGACGGCGUUAUGGGGGACGGCGUUAUGGGGGACGGCGUGUGGGGGACGGCGUGUGGGGGACGGCGUUAUGGGGGACGGCGUGUGGGGGACGGCGUUAUGGGGGACGGCGUGUGGGGGGACGGCGUGUGGGGGGGACGGCGUGUGGGGGACGGCGUUAUGGGGGACGGCGUAUGGGAUACCUGACGAGAGUACGUCUGAGAGUGGAUAA